AUUACCGAAAGAUGAGGAUAUUUAAUGUCUUUACAUUCAUGACCUACAGUCAUUUAUUGAACGCAUUUACCGUCAGUGUUCCCAAGGACCUACAUGUAGUAGAGUAUGGCAGCAAUGUGACAAUGGAAUGCACAUUCCCAGUAGAAAAGCAAUUAAACCUGGCUGUGUUAGUUGUCUACUGGGAAAUGGGGGAUAAGAAAAUUAUUCAGUUUGUGGAUGGGGAGGAAGACCUGAAGGUGCAGCACAGCAGCUACAAGCAGAGGGCCUGGCUGCUGAAGGACCAGCUCUCCCUGGGCAAGGCCGCCCUUCAAAUCACAGAUGUGAAAUUGCAGGAUGCAGGGGUUUACUGCUGCCUGAUCAGCUAUGGUGGUGCCGACUACAAGCGGAUUACUUUGAAAGUCACUGCUCCAUAUCGCAAAAUCAACCAAAGAAUUUCUGUGGAUCCAGUCACCUCAGAACAUGAACUAACAUGUCAGGCCGAGGGUUACCCUGAGGCUGAGGUCAUCUGGACCAGCAGUGACCACCAAGUCCUGAGAGGCAAGACCACCAUCACCAAGGGAAAGGAGGAGUUUUUCAAUGUGACCAGCACACUGAGAAUUAACACAACAGCCAAUGAGAUCUUCUACUGCACUUUUCGAAGACAAGGCCCCCAGGAGAACAGUACAGCUGAGUUGGUCAUCCCAGAAUCACCUAGUGGAUCUCCACCAAAUGAGAGAACACACUUGAUACUUCUGGGAGCCCUCCUGUUGUUCCUUGGUGUUGUGCUGAUAGUCUUCUUCUGUCUAAAAAGAGAUGGUAUUGCAUUUAUCGCAGUGCUCUCCAUGGCGGGUGGUGUGGAAGUAUAUGAGGGAGGUCUUGCUAUAGUCAUAAUAGCUUUUAGUAGGAGUCAGAGAUGCUAA